AUGGGCAGCAGCUCAAAAUUGUGGAACAGCCCGUCAUCCGAAAUCGCCGCCUUGGAGCAAAGCGCACUGACGCACGCACCAAUCGAUCGCAGCUCAUUUGGCCGAACCGAGCCCUGUAACCCUGCCGGCGAGACGCGCUCGGCUGCCGCGCUCCCCCACACUGUGUGGACCCUCUCGACCGUCUCUGUCGGCCCCCAACAAUCGGCCAAGCUCAAGCGUGGCAUCGAGAUCGAGGCCAGAUUGCAAGUCAACUCUGACAGGACGUGGCGCAGAGUCGAGAUGCGAAUCGGGACGGGCGCCGCCAUCUGCGUCAUGCUUUUGUCGCUAAAAACCUACCGGCACGACCUCGGCUUCUAUAUUUGCUUCAAGCCGCUGAAUGUUCUGGGCUCCGAUCUGACAUUUACAAAAUAUUGCGCGAAUAUGAAAUUGCACCCUGCACCGGGGUUGCUGCCCGGUCCCCCACGUGUAGCAGCCACCGCCAGGCAGCGGAUUCUUGGCAGGUUUCUGCACAGAGCACGCCAUGCCUCCUUCUCGGCAACCACCGGCCGGUCAAGCCAGGAUGAUGCCUCGGCUGGCGCCUCUAUCCUUCUCACCAUCAUCCGCUCGACCCGACGUGUAGCGUGCAUCACCGCCAUGUCGUCCACACAGGUCAUCACAAGGUCGCGCUCCCGCGUUUCGGACAGUGCACCCUCACCAGGUCCUUCGGCGCUCAACACCCCGACUGCACCUACCGCAUCCGCUUCAGGCGCAGCGUCGCUCGACGACGCCGACUACGACGACCGUCGCAACCUCAAGCUCAGCGUACGCCUCGUCGAUACCAUCCGUCACUACUGGGAUCUCGGCUUCACCGCGUUCGGCGGUCCGGGCGUGCAUGUGGUCAUCCUGCGCAAACGCUUCGUCGACAAGCUCGCCUGGCUCGACGAGACCACCUUUGCCGAUCUCUUCUCGCUCGGAAACGCCCUGCCCGGACCGGGAUCCACGCAGCUGGCGUUUUCGAUUGCUGUCGCCCGCAAUGGCACGCUUGCCGGUCUCAUCGCCUUCCUCUUCUGGUCGCUGCCAGGCGCUGCGGGCAUGGCCGCGCUUGGCGCGGGCGUGCGCAAGUUUCCGGAACGCCUUCCGCCUAUCGUCCUCGGUCUGCUCACGGGCUUGAACGCCGCUGCUGUCGGACUGAUCGCGCUGGCGGCGUUCCAGCUCUCCAAGUCCUCCAUCACCGACCCCGUCUCCAGGCUGCUCGUGCUUGGUUCCGCCUCGUUCGGCAUCUGCUACCAUGCUCCCUGGAUGUACCCCAUCCUCGUCUUUGGUGGCGGACUCAUCACGCUGCUUUACGACUUUCGACACACAAUCGUCAAGGCAACGAUUGGAAAAGUCAUCAGACGGUCAUCGCGGUCCGCCUCGAACGGCGCUGUUGCUCAUGAUCCCGCGCAGUCCGGCCAUUCCGACGACAUCGAACUCGAACCGGUGCGUUCGCAGGCGCGCACCUCGCUCGAAGCUGACGCCGACAAGCAUCAGUCUGGCGCUGAUGUGCAAGAGCUUGCGUUCCAGAACGGCACCACCGCUGCGCCAGCGAGCUCGAUCAGGCAGAGAAACGCAAGCACCGUCGAGCGCACCCACUCGUCCAGCGCCAACCGGAGCGCGUCGGCGUCCGAUGCACCGCUGACAGAUCGCCGCACGCCCAUCAUGGUGCUCAACCGCACCAUCGCUCUCGCGCUUGGUGCUGCUUUUAUCGUCUUGAUCGUCGCCGUCGUCGUCACACGCUCGCAGCUUAGCUCGCCACCACGCGCGCUCGACUUUUUCACAAACAUGAUGAUCGCGGGAGUCAUCAUCUUUGGCGGCGGGCCCGUCGUCAUCCCUCUCCUGCGUGGAUACACUGUCGAGAAUGGCUGGGUCGAUUCGAGGGACUUUCUGCUUGGCUUUGCCAUCCUGCAGGCGUUCCCUGGGCCCAACUUCAACUUUGCCGCCUACCUGGGCGUGUUGUCGCUGCCGUCGAAUCCUGCGCUCGGUGCGAUUCUGGGCUGGCUCGGCAUCUUUUCGCCCGGUCUGCUGCUCAAGUUAUCGCUGCUGCCGCUGUACAACACGUGGCGCAAGCACGAGGUGGCCAAGUCGGUGCUGCGCGGCCUCAACGCCUCGGCCACCGGUCUUGUCUACACGGCCGUCUGGCAGCUCUUCCUGGGUAAGCAGGCCCCAACAUCUCUCGUUCGUAUAAGAAUCGUGCUGACCAAGUGGUUUGUGUUUUGCGCAGUGGGAUACAUCUAUACGCCCGCAAGGGGGCCGGUGGUGGAGGCGGCGAGCCAGAGCGGACCGCUUACCUCGGAUCCGUUCUGGGGCGUCGUCGCUAGCUCGGCGUUCGUCGCGACACAGUGGUUCAAGAGUCCGCCCGCGGUCACCAUCGUCGCAGGCGCAGUCGCUGGACUGGCUUGGUACGGUGUUGUGGGUCCGCUCGGCACCGAGCGUCAGCAGGCGUUCUUCUGA